GCAGCAAAAAUCCAGUUUAAUUGAAUAACACAUUUCGUGCUGUACGGACGUGCUAAACAACAACCAACUUAGCUGGAAAAAAGCUAAAAACAAAAUAAAUUGGAAAAGUACAAUUUUAAAGUAUUUGUUAUCCUGUCAGAAAGAGUCAGAAAUAGAGAAAUCAAGAAGAAGUGUUAACUGAAAUCAACAAACAAACACAAAACCAGAUCUCAUUUAUAAUUUUUGCAUUGCAAAAGUCAAAACCAAAACUUAAAAACAAAAUGUCUGAGGCUUAUUUUGAUGAAUACGAGCACUAUAACUUCGACCACGAUAAGCACAUCUUUUCGGGACGUAGCGGCAAACAACGUAGCAAGAAGGAGGCUAGUGAACAUACCAAUCACUUUGAUCCUAACGGACAUUCACGUAAAUUAGUAACCAAAUUUAUGAACACCAAUAAUAAUCGAAAGACGUGCGCUGCCAAAAAUUGAGAGUGGGUGCAAAAUAGUGAGGUCGUAGUGCAGCAGCAGCAGCAGCAGCAACAACGGCAACGGCAAGGGAAGCAGAAGUACAAAAACGUUAGUGAGCAAAAAAAAGUUAUAAAAUUUAUAAAAAUUGAAAAGGAAACGCAGCAGCAGAAGCAGAAGAAGAAGCAAACGUGGCGUUGUAAGAAGAAACCACAGUCUACACAAUAGUUUUGGACGCGAGUGCAGAGAUUUUUUUUUUUGAAUAAAAAUACGAAAGAAAAGGUGGAGAAAUUGGAAUUAAAAGAAAGCGAAAAGCGGAUAGAGGUGGAGUUACUCAUAUACUGAAUUUAAGAGGAAGCAAAAAGGUAAAGGCGGAGUUACAGGCUAACAAGUUUAGUCUGGUCUAAACAAAAGCCAGGAAUAAAAAAAUAGCGGAGGCAGAGCGCUUGCAGCGGCGGAGUAUUAUUAUUAACGGCGUGCGGUGACGGCCAGCAACUUGCAGAAACUGCCAUUUGCAUGUGCAGCGUAUGCAGGUUGGGUGGCUGUUCACGCAGCGCUCUUUGACUA